UGGGGAUAACUUCAACCUCUUCUUCUCUUCUUCUCUUCUUCACCCUCAUAUAUAGCUACGACCAAAGCUCCCUCUUCUAUCCUUCUCUCUCAUCCAAUCCCCCUCUCCUCACUCCCACUCCCACUCUCUCCCCCUCUCUCUCUCUGUGCUCUCUCCUUAAGCUAGCUAGCUUGAGAAGGCAAGAAGCUAACUAACUAACUUCUUUUUUAAUUGAAGCUUUUCCCUUGUUCUUCUCCUUACUUCACUUUAGAUACCCACCCCGUUUUGCUCAUUCUUCGCUUUUUUUUUAAAUCACACCCGUUUGAGAUUAGAAGAAGGCAGGGAAAAGGAAAGGAGCCCUUGCAACAUCAAGAUAUAAUUACCAAGAACCCAGUUCUCCUUUCUGGAAGGAAAAACAAAAGUACACACAUUCACCAUGUCCCGAAUGUCGCGGCGGGACGCUUCGUCCUCGCCCUUCGCGUGGACAACGGUCUUCUACCUCCUCCUCGUCUUCAUUGCGCCCCUAACUCUGCUCGGGACUGCACAUGCGGACGCUGAUCAAGCUCCCAUUAAAGAGGAUUAUGGCACUGUAAUUGGUAUUGAUUUGGGAACGACAUAUUCUUGCGUCGGAGCGAUGCAGAAUGGGAAAGUUGAGAUUUUCGUCAAUGACCAGGGAAACAGAAUUACUCCGUCAUACGUGGCCUUUACGGAUGAUGAGCGGCUGGUCGGCGAUGCGGCGAAGAAUCAGUACGCUGCGAACCCGACGAGGACGAUUUUCGAUAUCAAACGUUUGAUCGGCCGGAAAUUCGACGACCAAGACGCCCAAAAGGACAUGAAACAUUUCCCCUUCCGUGUUAUCAACAAGGCUGGCAAGCCCCAGGUUAAGGUUGAGGUCAACGGCAAAGACAAGAGCUUCACUCCUGAGGAAGUCUCCGCUAUGAUCCUGGGCAAGAUGAAGGAAAUCGCCGAGAACUACCUUGGAAAGACCGUCACCAACGCCGUCGUCACUGUCCCCGCCUAUUUCAACGAUAACCAAAGACAAGCCACCAAGGACGCAGGCAUUAUCGCUGGCCUAAACGUUCUCCGUGUCGUAAACGAACCCACCGCUGCGGCUAUCGCCUACGGUCUGGAUAAGACUGGUGAUGAGCGCCAGAUCAUCGUCUACGAUCUCGGUGGAGGUACCUUUGACGUUUCCCUCUUGUCCAUCGACAACGGCGCCUUCGAGGUCCUGGCCACCGCCGGUGAUACCCACUUGGGUGGUGAGGAUUUCGACCAGCGUGUCAUCAACCACUUCGUCAAGUUGUACAACAAGAAGAACAACGUCGAUAUCACCAAGGACCUCAAGACCAUGGGUAAACUGAAGCGCGAGGUUGAGAAGGCCAAGCGCACUCUCUCGUCGCAGAUGUCCACCCGUAUUGAGAUUGAGGCCUUCCAUGACGGCAAGGACUUCUCCGAGACCCUGACCCGCGCCAAGUUUGAGGAAUUGAACAUGGAUCUGUUCAAGAAGACCCUCCGCCCUGUCGAGCAGGUGCUCAAGGACGCGAAGGUUAAGAAGUCUGAGAUUCACGAUAUCGUUCUCGUUGGUGGUUCCACCCGUAUCCCCAAGGUCCAGGCUCUCCUCGAAGAGUUCUUUGGCGGCAAGAAGGCUUCCAAGGGCAUCAACCCUGAUGAGGCUGUCGCGUUCGGUGCCGCUAUUCAGGGUGGUGUCCUUUCUGGAGAUGAGGGUGCCUCUGAGAUCGUUCUCAUGGAUGUUAACCCAUUGACCCUCGGUAUCGAGACCACUGGAGGCAUCAUGACCAAGCUCAUCCCCCGUAACACUGUCAUCCCCACCCGCAAGUCUCAGAUCUUCUCGACUGCCGCUGAUAACCAGCCAGUGGUCCUUAUCCAAGUUUAUGAAGGAGAACGUCCCAUGACAAAGGACAACAACCUCCUCGGCAAAUUCGAACUGACCGGCAUCCCUCCCGCGCCCCGCGGUGUGCCCCAGAUCGAAGUCUCCUUCGAACUCGACGCCAACGGCAUCCUCAAAGUCACCGCCGGCGACAAGGGCACCGGGAAAGCCGAAUCCAUCACCAUCACCAACGACAAGGGUCGUCUCUCGCAAGACGAGAUCGACCGCAUGGUCGCUGAAGCUGCUGAGUUCGCGGAGGAAGAUAAGGCCAUGAAGGCUAAGAUUGAAGCCCGGAAUACGCUGGAGAAUUAUGCGUUUAGCCUGAAGAACCAGGUGCAGGAUGCGGAGGGACUUGGCGGCAAGAUUGCGGAUGAUGAUAAGGAGACGCUCCUGGAAGCCAUCAAGGAAGCCACAGACUGGCUCGACGAGAACGCCGCGACGGCCACGACGGAGGACUUCGAGGAGCAGAAGGAGAAACUGUCUAAUGUUGCAUAUCCGAUCACGAGCAAGUUGUACGGCUCUGCGGAUGGGGCUGCUGGUGCUGGUGGUGAGGAGGAUGAGCCGAGCGGACAUGAUGAGCUGUAGUGGUUUUUUUUCCCUUCCUUUUUUCUGUAAUUUGUAGAAGGUGGUUUUUAUUAUUGUAAAAUGCUGAGAAAUCAUUGAUGUUUGUUUUUUGUUCCAUGACAUACGCUGUAUACAAAAACUGCGCUGUAAGAGAGGUGGGGGUUUAUUGUAUGGAUGGAGUUAAUGUCCAUUUUUUUUUACUUCUCUCGAUUCUGCUACUUUCUUCGUAAACGUGGUUUCUUCGAUUAUUUUUGACUUGCAUUUCAUUCUGUUCGCUUGAUUUGCUUAUUACUUGCUCUGUUUCUCACCCUGUUAUUAUUUCUUCCUGUCGUUCUUUUAGGCGGAAAGAAAAUGAAAAAGAAUGAAAAACAAAGUCAGAAGAAGGGCUGUGCUGCGAUGCUUUGCCUCGACGUCACUUCUUUACACACGAGAUAUCUCUCUCCCCCUACAGUAAAUAUGCACGGGAGAUGGGGCAGUGCAGCAUCGCAGGGCAGAAGCCAAACAAACAAGCUCUCUCUCUCUCUCUCUCUCUCAUCACUUUGGGCCUCGGAAACCUCGACUAUUUAGAAAAUCCAAGCACGAACAGCACGAGCAAACACGAGGCUUCUCACCAUCAGGGUAUUUGUCAGUUAUACGAGCAAGCACACAUGGGGAUCUCACCUAGUUAAAGAACCAUGUCAAGUCGAUUGCAAGGCGGAGACUGAGCAGAGCCUCAUCUUCGGAUUCUCGCGUUGAAAUAUUUAUCUUUUUUUGCAAGAAAACAGAGGGGAAAAAUACAUACA